UACGGAUCUCUCUCCGCUGGACAAGCGUUUUAGCUACACUAUAGUAUCAUUCGAUAUCCUCCGAACCGCCGAUAUUCGCCCAACCCGCAAAUUUCAAACACGUCCGCCGAGGCACCGCCGACUAACGUACGUGCGUGCCAGCUUUCCAUGACGUGGGCUACCUGUGACAUGAUAGUUUGUAGCGCAACAGUGGGGCGCUUAGAAAUGCAUAAACAUGAAGUACCUACAUCAUCUGCCGAACUUUCGAUCUUAUAUAACCUUGGAGACUUGGUCAUUACGUUCCCUUCCACAAUUUUUACGAACUGCAAACUCAACAUUUUUUCACUCCCUUAAGAUCCCAAUUGAUUUAGAUUAUAUACAAACACCAAGAUGGCACCUCGACGCUACGAAUCAGAGCACAAAGAUGCUAGUCCAUUGGGCAAGCCUCUUGAGUUUGCUUUCUCGAAGAAGACUGCGCAAAACCGCUUUUUAAAGGGCGCAAUGACCGAGCGCCUGUCAUCAUGGAAUGCUAAGAAUCUCGAGGCUCGCGGUGUCCCCUCUAAGAAUCUCGCCAAUGUCUACCGACGAUGGGGCGAGGGCGAAUUCGGUGUGAUUCUGACCGGAAACGUCAUGAUCGAGUACGACCAUCUCGAAGCUGCUGGUAAUCCCAUCAUCCCCCGCGGCGCACCAUACCAGGGCGAACGGUUCGAGGGAUUCAAGGAGAUUGCGACUCAGGCGAAGAAGCACGGCUCCCUGAUUGUUGCACAAGUCAGUCAUCCCGGCCGCCAAGUAGCAGACAACAUCCAAAAGAACCCCAUCUCUGCGUCCGAUGUCCAACUGAAAGGGGAUGUUAUGGGCAUGACUUUCGCGAAGCCACGUGCCGCCACUGAAGAGGACAUCAAGAACAUUACUGAAGGCUUUGCUCACGCAGCCGAGUACCUCGAGAAGGCCGGCUAUGACGGUAUCCAGCUCCACGGCGCUCACGGCUAUCUCCUAGCGCAGUUUUUGUCCCCGACUACGAACCACCGCACUGACAAGUAUGGUGGCUCGCUCGAGAACCGCGCACGGCUCAUUACGGAGAUUGGAAAAGAAAUUCGAAGCCGCACAUCACCUUCCUUCGUACUCAGCAUCAAGCUCAACUCUGUCGAGUUCCAAGAGAAAGGUUUCGGCACGGAGGAAGCAGCAACGCUCUGCAAGAUCCUCGAAGACAACAGUUUUGACUUUGUCGAGCUCUCCGGUGGCACAUACGAGCAACUUGCUUUCGUACAUAAGCGCGAGUCAACGAAGAAGCGUGAGGCUUUCUUCAUUGAAUUCGCCGAGAAGAUCACACCCGCGCUCUCAAAGACCAGGACCUAUGUGACCGGCGGUCUCAAGACUGCAGCAGCUAUGGUCGACGCACUUAACACAGUUGAUGGUGUUGGCCUCGCGCGACCCAUCUGCCUAGAGCCUGAACUACCCAAGCAGAUUCUCAAUGGCAAGGUUGAUGCAGCUAUUAACCAAUUGGUCGACGACAACGACUUCGGUACCACAAACAUUGCGGCUGGAACGCAGAUCAGGCAGCUUGGCAAGGACCAACAGCCGAUUGAUCUUAGCGACGAGAACAACUUGAAAGCGUUCCUGAAGGAUGUGGGUACGUGGGGUCAGGGACUUGCAGAGGAUAAGGAUGGAAGCAAAUACGGCUACGUGGAUAUUGAGAGCGUAAAGAGUGCGCCUUACGCGCCUGCUUCAUAGAAGUGUAUUGUCAAUUGAAUGUAUAUAGGCGGCACUUCAUUAACUAGAGAUUUAUGGGGAAAAAUCCAGUUAACCGGAUAUGUCUGAUCCCUUUGCUCAGUGAUCCCUGAAUAGGUGUAAUGGUCGAUCUCUGCGUUUGGUUCACUGCAUAGUGACAAAGCAUGGCUAUUGCAAUGCCGAGAGGUCAUAGUGAACAAGAUGUCAACAAGUAAUGGAAGUACUGAAGAAGUUUGAUAGAAGACCAUGAAGAGCUUCAAUGUGUUGAUGGAAGGACACACCAACGUGGAACAUACCGCUUAUAGAUGGAAGGCUUUAUUCAAUGAACGGCUGCAACAGCAUGUUGUUGAGACGUUCUCUGGAGAUGCUUUCUGGCCGGUCAGAUAAGGAUCAACGAUGCUUGAGAAAGGAAAGGAUCGAGAGCCUAU